UUAACAUGUUUAGUUGUCAUAUACCACGGUUAAGACUAUCAAUUGAUAAAAAAAAUUAUAUCAUGAACCACAUAGAAUGAUGAUAUUAAAAGCAAUUAUUAGCAGAUAAAUUAAGAGAUUUGUGUAAUAAAAAAACAAAAUCCUAUGUAGCUCGGAUUAAGGCGAGGAAGAAGAUGUAAUAAAAAAAAAGAAAAAUUUUUUUUUUUAAUAUUGUGUUUAUUUUGAAAGUAAUCAAGUGGUUUUUGAUAAACCGAUCACUGUAUAAUAUGUCUAUAUCAAGUGAUUUUGAAUUUAUAGAAUGUUGAGCAGCAAUUGCUGUGUUGUUAAAAAAACAAUAACCACAAUACUCUUACUUCAUAGCAUGGAAAAAAGGUCAUCAAAACAAUAUUUAACCUUCUCAUCGGCCAUUAUAACUUUAACACUUUCAAGGUUUAAAUAAAAAGUGCGCCUAUAACACAUUGUUUCCAUAUUUUCUAAAAGAGCGUUUCGGAGUCUUAAAAUUACUAUAACUAUUGUUGUAUAAACGCUCUUUCAGUAUUUCAUUAUUCAUAAUGUUUCAACGUUCGUUCAUUGUUAUAUGUCAAAUCCUGAAAAUAUUUACAUUCAUAAGAAGAAAUCAAAUGGCCGACAUUUAUGACAACACCUCAAAGGUGAUUUAUUUGAUGUUGUUCACAAUCGUCCAUGGGAAUUUAAUAAGGGCAAUCCUAUUAGAAGUAUAAGUUCUUUGUAUGCAAUUUUUGGAGUUCCUUUAUGUAUUUUUAAAUGGCUUUUUAAAUGUUAUGAUAUUCAAUGGACUUCAUUUAUUUUACUAUGUAUUUUUCGAUUUAUUGCUUGUUUAAUAUCAUUUUUUAAUGAUUAUUCCAUGUAUAAGAUAUGCAAGAUAUGUAAAUUAAAACCUGAUAAAUACCUUAUACUGCUUUCAAGCUCUUAUGUGUUAAUUGUGUAUGGAACAAGAACUUUUACAAAUUCAAUUGAAUUAGCCUUGUUGUCACUUCUUUUAUGGUUAGUCAUUGAUAGCAUGAAGAUUUCAGAAAAAGUCAUUGCUGCUGAGUAUGAUAUACGGAAAUUACAUAUUAAUAGUUCAUUAAUUCAAGAUAGAGUUAUAAUGAGUAGAAAAUUAAAAAAAUUACCUCAUCACUCUUUUAUCCAUUGUUUAGAAAUUAGUUUUAUUUUAGUUUUUGGGACUUUUAAUCGACCUACUUUUUUGAUAUUUGCUAUUACACCAAUUUUUUUUUGGUUAACAAGAGGACUUUCCAAGGAUUUGAAAUAUUUUAUUAUGACAUUUAAUUUAAGAUUUCUUGUAUUAAUUAUUUGUGCUGCUCCAAUAACUUUUAUCAUAAUUGUGAUAGAUUCCUUCUAUUUUGGACAUGUUUCUCAAAAUUAUAUAAAUUUCAUUAUUACACCUCUCAAUUUUAUAAAAUAUAAUAUGAAUUCUUCUAAUUUGGCUGAGCAUGGUAUACAUUUUAGAUUGACUCAUUGCAUUAUUAAUAUGCCAUUACUCUUCAAUGUGAUGACUGCAUUACUUAUACGAAAUUUAAGUUUGAAUUCUGUUAUAAAAAACCUUGUAAAACGCCAGUAUCAUUUAUUACCAAGUAUUUAUCAAGUCAAUACUCUUAUGGUUAUAAAUAUAAUUAUUCCUAUAAUUUUAUUAUCUGUGUUUCCACACCAAGAACCUCGAUUUCUCAUACCUAUUCUGUUACCAGUUGUUUUUACUGCAUCAAAAUUUUUUUGUAUUUCAAACAUAAAGUACUUGAAACCAUUGUUUGGGACAUGGUGUAUAGCCAAUGCUAUUGGGUUAUUAUUUUAUGGGCAUUUACACCAAGCAGGUGUUACACCAAUGAUUUCACAGUUGGCAUUAGACAUAAGAAAUUCUUCAAAUGUCCAUAUUAUUCAUGGUUAUACAUACUCUAUUCCGCUUGGAUUAUUUUUGGUUCCUCAACAGCAAAAUAAGCUAUAUAAAAGUCAAAAUCAAAUAAGACUUCAUGACCUUGGUUCUUCUUUGGACAUAACUAAAAUUACUGAUUCUAUGUUAUAUAUUAAGGAAAACAUCACAUAUGGAAAAACUCAUAAGCCAGACCUUUAUUUAGUAUUAUCUGGAUCACUUUCUAAAAAGUUUGAAUAUGUGUGUCAUACUUUAGACUUAAAAUUUACAAAAGUGUUAUUUUUUCCACAUUUGUCAAUUGAAUCAUUAAGUUAUUACAAAACAUUCAUAACAGACCUUACUGUACAUGAUGAUAGGGAGUUCAUCAAUCGUGCUCAAGACCUUUAUGAGUUAUUUUCUUUAGUGCUUUUUAAAAUUACCUAAAUUCUAUAUAAUUAUUUGUUUAAAGUGUCUGUCUAUCACAAUUUUAUUUUAUUUAUAUUAAGAGUAAAAUUGUAUCAUUCAAUUUAUUGAUUAUCAUGUUAAAAUAUAUUUUUAAGGUAUUAGGAAUAUAUAUACAAAUACUAUGAUACUUUUAGAUCCGACAUUUGAUUGUUUGUUAAAAUGACUUGAUAUCAAUUUUUUAUUGAUAAGUCUCCCAACGAUAGACUGAAAACAAUUUUUUUUAAAAAUCUCUUUCUCCUUAUGUAUAUAUUUUAAUUUUAACUUUUAAGUUAUUUUUAAUUAAAAUUAAAAUUAUUUUCGAUUUUAAGUGUUUAUUUAGUUUUAGCGCUUAUUUAAUUUAGCUUUUAUUGGUGUUGGAAAGAUUGUCCAACUUUAAAGCUACAGUUGUAAAUUAAAUAAAAAAUAUGGGCUCAUAAUAUUUAUUAAGGGCCUAAAAAAAUUAUAAAAUGGUUAUUUUGUAAAAAUACUUACCAGAUAUAUUUUAAAAAAUUUAACUAAACUUAGAUUUUUUAACUUACAUUAUUUUGAAAUUUUUUAGUAUUAUGUUUUUAAUGUACAUAUACUACUAAUUUUUAAUUAAAAUAUAUUUAAAUAUUUUUUUCUGAAAGAUUAAAAUAUUAAUUAAAAAAAAUAUUUCUCAAUUAAUUAGUUCAAAAUGUUGAGAAAAGAACAGCCAUUAGUAGUGUUAAGUGUGGUCAUAAAGAAUGACUUCAUCAUAAAUCCAACCCUAAUUUGUUUUUCUUUAUUCAUAAUAUAUUAAGAAUAAUACAUUUUUAAUAUAAAAUAUUUUUUUUUAACUAAAAAUAUUAAUAGACUUAUAUUAAAUCACCAGUAAAAUUCCUAGUUAAAACUUACAUUACAAAUUUAAUUAAUUAUUUUAGAAAUCCAUUCUAGUCAAAAAUAUAAAAAUAAUUUAAUAUGAUUGUAAAUUUCUUUAUAUCAGUAGCUUAUUAAGUGUAAAGUUAUACAGUAAGUUAAACGCAAGUCUUG